GGAGUGAGCCACGAGGUGCCGAGGCUGCCAGAGAGGGCUGGUGUUGGUCGAGGUGACCGGGCGCUCGGCGCUGGGAUGUGGGACACGCACGGAGAGUGCGGUCGGUGGCUGUGGCUGGCAGGGGGGUCCCACGUGUUGACAGCCCGCUCGGAUCCUCCAGUCACCUCCUGUUGGGUGUGAUGGAAGCCGCAGUCUCCUCUUUGUUCUCCCCAGCCCGGAGAUCUCUCCAUGGUAACGAGGCCACGGGGCAGCGAGCACCCUCCAGCUUUGUGUGCACGCCGAGCAAGGGACAUUGGUGUUAAGUGGCGAGGAGGCGACAGCAGCUUCCCCCGCUCCCAGGUGUGGCGGGCUGGUUUGGAGAUGCCUUGGUUUUCCCGCAGCAGCUCCGCCUCAGUUUCCGGCCAGGCACAGGGCUGAGCACACCCCCUUUUUUUCCUGCUGGAUUUUCCUCCCAACAUCUGUCUGCAGAGCAGAGGGCAGUAGACACACUGCAGGGAAGCAACAACCUUUCCAAUCUCCGCGCACCUCCUCGUCCAACAAAAGUAGAUUAUGUGACUUCUCCCUGGUCCAGAGGGAGUGAUAAGUCAUCAGUAUGAUCUCUGCAAAGGAAAGGCAGAAGAGGAAACUUUCCAAGGACAGCAUGACUUUGCUUCCCUGUUUCUACUUUGUCGAGCUUCCCAUUGUGGCUUCAUCAAUCGUUACCCUUUAUUUUCUGGAACUGACUGACAUCUUCAGACCAGCUAAGGUGGGCUUCCAGUGCUAUGACCGAGCCCUGAGCAUGCCGUAUGUGGAACCCAGUGAGGAACUCAUACCAUUACUGAUGCUCCUCAGCCUGGCAUUUGCUGGUCCAGCAGCCUCUAUUAUGAUUGGUGAAGGGAUUGUCUACUGCUGCCAGUCAAAACUGAAGAAUAAGGAGUGCUCCGAAGGCAGCAUUAACGCCGGUGGCUGUAACUUCAACUCCUUCCUCCGACGCACCGUAAGGUUUGUUGGUGUACACGUUUUCGGACUCUGUGCCACAGCUCUUGUGACCGACAUCAUUCAGCUGGCGACUGGGUACCAUGCCCCUUUCUUCCUCACCGUCUGCAAGCCAAACUACACCCUGCACGGCAUCUCCUGUGACAACAACCCUUACAUUACCAAGGAUAUCUGCUCCGGCUCUGACCGUCAUGCUAUUGUGUCAGCGAGGAAGAGCUUUCCUUCCCAACACGCCACAAUCUCUGCCUUUGCAGCGGUGUACAUCUCGAUGUACUUUAACUCCACGAUAUCUGACUGCACCAAGCUACUGAAGCCAGUUCUGGUAUUCGCCUUUGCAAUUGGUGCAGGAAUCUGUGGCCUGACUCAGAUCACUCAGUACAGAAGCCACCCACUGGAUGUGUAUGUGGGCUUUAUCAUUGGGGCCGGGAUUGCUGCAUACCUGGGGUUUCAUGCAGUCGGGAACUUCAAGGCAUCAGAGGAUACGUCUCCCAGCAGACCAUCCCCUAAGAGUGGGCUCAGACCCCUGACACACCUCCACCAUGACUCAGUCUACCAGCAGAGCAAAUCCCUCAGCACAGAUGAGCUCAACCCACAGCCCCGGCUCGACGGAUUGCAACAGCAGUUGGCCCAAAGGGAGAAGAAUUCCCUGAACAGCUUGAAACGGGCGAGUGUUGAUGUGGAGCUGCUAGCACCACGCAGCCCGAUGGGCAAGGAGAACAUGGUGACCUUCAGCAACACCCUACCCCGUGUCAACACCCCAAACCUGGACGAAGCUGCCCGCCGUCACAUGACCAUCCACGUCUCAAUGGAUGCCUCUCGGUCCAAGCAGCUGAUCUCCCAGUGGAAGCAGAAGUCAGUCGAUGCCAUGUCACUGGAUCAUGACCCCGCUAUCAGCCAGUCACAGCCUCAGAUGAGGACGGCUCUGGAGCUGAGGGGUGUGGGCUUUGACCAAGAUGAGCCCGCCCCCUCGUCGCUCUAUCCCAUGGUGCAGGCUAGAAACUCGGAGAGAGGUGGCGGUGCCCGUGUCCUCAUCCAAUCGCGGCCUGGGACCUCCCAGCUGGUCCAUAUCCCCGAGGAGACCCAAGGGAAUACCAGCACCUCCCCCAAGAGUAACUCGGCACGGGCCAAGUGGAUGCUCAUGGCGGAGAAGGGAGGUGUGCCACGACCUAACAACCAGCCCCGCAUCAUGCAGGUGAUCGCCAUGUCGAAGCAACAGGGCAUGAUCACCGUCACGCCGAAACACUCUGAGGGCUCCAGUAGCUCCGAGUCCUCCCACUAUAAGUCUCCCUCAGACCGUGACUCUUCCAGCAUCGUCACAGUGGAUGCCCACGGUUCCCACCCUGUCGUGCAUGUUUCCUCUGGGAAUGGCGUGGGACCCUGGGAGUGGAAGUCCCCGCAGGGCAGCAUAGAUGUCCAUGAGGCUUAUGAACUCAAUGACCUAAACCGGGACUACAGGAGCUAUAGGUCGGCCAAAACUAAUGGCAACUCUCCGGGUUCUUCUGCCAGUGACCUCGAACAAGAGGAUACACACUUCUGCAGCGUUGCCACCAUUAACGUCACUGGAGCUGAGAGGAGUGAAACUAAUUCGGACACACUGACCAUUGGCUCUAGCCGGGACUCAACCCUCAGGAGAAAGCCCAACACGGUGUAUCUGGGGGAACGGGAGUGCAGCACUGAUGGUGACCAAGAAGCUUACUUGAAGAAACUUCAUGCCAGCAGGAGAUUCAAAGACUAGAUGGAGUGCCAGCUCUUGUUCUGAAGCCACUCACUGCCAUAUCAAACUGUUCCGAAUUGGUUAUCCAUGCAGUGCGUUUGUUCCCACUUUGAAUCUAACAGGAACAGUUGCCUAAGAUUUUCUGCUAUCAGAACCCUCCAGAGGUUAACUCAUAACUUACUUCAAAGCUGAUUCCUUUGCAUUUUGAAACUUCCCCUUUGAACAAAGGACAUCCUGAAAACUGGAGACCAACAUUAAAUAACCCAGUCUCUGGAGAUAUUGGCUAGACAUUAUUUAGAAAGAAUUGUAUUUAAUAGCACCUUUCAUGACUCAAGAACUGGCCCACAACUAAUUACUGACUUAAGAGGCCUUGAUACUGUUGAUUGUUUAAACUCGCAUGAUACUUGUUUUCUUAUCAGAGUUUAAGGCUUUUGGAUUUUUUUUGCCCAGCAUUUAAGUUGUGGAUUUAAAUUAGUAAUGGCUGAGGAAAUAAGAGAUGAAAUUUGUAAUCUGUAGGUGAUGCUGAUGGUGUACUUUGUUUUAUCGUAGCUUACUGAUAUAUUGGUCAGCAUUCUGUGCCAAGCACAGGACUUUGCAGAAUGCAUGUGGAGGUGAAGAUCUAGUACAUCUGUGCCAAACCAUCGCCAGCCCUUUACAACAAAAGAUUUGGUGUAAACUUGCUGAUGUUUCCAAUGCAUAAGCACUUUAGUGCUGAAGUCUUUUGAUUGACGAUGUCACUGAUAGUAAGUUUGCAAGCAAAAUGGUAUUCACCUUCCUUGCUCCACAAAACAUCAACCUGGAACUCCAGAACGACUAAAGUAAAACCCUGCAGAUGCUGAAAGUAUUGACUAAAACUAGCAUGGGAUAGAUCCCAGCAAGUCAGGUUGCAUUCACAGAGAAAAGCAGAAUGAAGUGUUUUGGUUAUUGCAAAUUUUGGAAAAAGAUAAUCUAUUGUAAUAAUUCAUUCAUCCCUGAAGUUGCCCAACUCAGAGCAUGUCCAGCUAUUUUCUGUUUAUGUUAGAAUAAUUAUGAAUGAAUCUAAAUGUGAUCACUAUAAUAUAGAUGAAGAUGAAACCUCUAAGACAGUUCUACUGGAAAACAGAUUAUUAGAUUUUAAUGUAGGACAGGUAUUGUCCAGUUUGAAAUGAAAGCAAUAUAUUGUAAUGCAAUACAUUAACUAUUGAAGUCUACGUGAAUACCCACACCCUCUGGGAUGUGGAUGACCACUGCUGCUGUCUGUGGUGUUAAUCUCAUUUGUACAUUAUAAAUUAACUUUGCUCCUGCUAUUUUAGCAGUCCCGGAUGGAAAAAUUCACUCCAAGGCCAUCACUGUGAUGUCCUCACAUGUGUGAUUCAGUCGAACAAGUUUUCAGCCACUUGCUAAUCUGUCCAGUCCACUGAAUGUGCACGUCACACUGCCCAGUUUACCCUGGUGUCAGCUCAUCACUCCCCCCACCCUCCCACACACACGCGCACACAAACACACUGAAACUAGGGAGUCCAUACAGCCCCUCAAGCUAAAUGUAUCCUCCUUUUGCUGAAGGUUGAAUGGGGUGGAAAAUGAGGAUUCAGUCAGGAGGAAAUCAGAUCAAGCGAGCAAGUCAGCUGUUUUCACCUUCAGGUCUGCAGUGGCUGCUUUGCACUUUCAAAUUAACCAUUUGGAGAUUAAAUAACUUCCUGAUGAUAGGGAGUUUUUCAGGAUUUGAAACCUGCUGAGAACCAUUUUUAUGAAUGUCACUGGCUUAUUCCGAAAGCUGCGAAGAAUGUUUGCUCAGUAUUUACUCUGGAGCUAGUAGCCUGCUGUUUUCAGCAGGAUGACCGGUCAGUUUUAUUUUUCAUCAUUAAUUGGUAGAGCCAGCUUACCUGAAGCAGAGAGCUGAUUCUCGGACCUCUAGUAGAGCUAUGCAGCCACUACAUCAUGGGAGGGAUGGAUGUGCAGACAAGGAAGGGGAAGGAGGUUGAGUUUGAGUGACAGACAAGGACAACUGAAAGAGUAGUAAGAUUAUUGGCCAAAAUAAGAUACUUGGAUAGACAAAGGAGUGAGGGGUCAGUGGCAUAUUUAGUGGGUGCCGAUGGUCCCGCACUGGCAUAAAAGAAUGACAACAAAAGGUUACAUCUAACUCGGUGAUGUUGGGAAGCUGAGAUAGUAGAUGAACAGCUGAACACAGGCACACUCCUGGAAACCCUGCGUUUAAUUACUUGCUUGUGUAAAUAAAUGUUUACUGACAUAUUGGAGGCUGGCUCCAAAAAGCUCUUCUGUCCGUGCUUGUCUGAAUGAUUACUGUUCAUAGAGUAACUUUGUUAUUAACUGUGAGGAAUAAUGCACUUGGUUUUGUGAAGCUAACUGUUGUGCUAUGCUGGUGAUUUUAAUGGUAGCUCCUGCUGUUCUGAAGUAUUUUGUACCUGGAAGGUGUCACUUGAACAGAAACAAACUUUAAAAUUACUUGUGAAUUCAAUAAAUGUCAUUUUAAGAAAAGAGCUGAGUGGAUUCAAUAAGAUUCUGUUUCUGAGUGGCUCAUUUCUAAUAGCAUUCCCAAUUUUUAUGUGCCGCCUUUAACGAUGACUGGAUUUUUUCCAUAACUGUAUUUGCCUAAUUAAGUUCCCUAACACAUUCCAUUUGACGAAGUUCAAAGUAAAAUUUAUUUCGAAAUAAAAUUUGUUACCACAGCACUGAUUCUUGAGGCUUUGGCGAAAACUUGUCCCACUAAGAAAAGUGCUAAUUCCAUUGAAAAUGAAUAACAUUUUCUUAUUUAAAAUAAUCAGGGUUGAUCAUCUGGAGGUCUUUUGCACAAAUGCAACAUUUUUUCAAAUGUUUGUUCUUAAUUUUAUAAAUUAUAUGAUUACAUGAUAUCCCAGUACCUGUCACAACCAUGACGUGUCAACACUGUCUCUUUUGUAUAUAAAGAAUCAUUUUAAAUGCUGACAUAAAUUUAUGCAUUUUAAGUAGAGGCCAGAGGCAGCUAGCAUCAGAGGCAAAACAAGAUGGCUCCUGUAUACAACUCAUGCAUGUCAUGUAAAAAAGUGUGUUUUUGUCAACACCAUCAGGUUUUCUGUCUGACGGUGGUGACACGUGGUUUGACGGUGUUGACAAAAAAUCCAAAUUCUCCUCAAUAGAGGCUUGAAUAUAAUUUAUGAUCACAGUAAAUAGUAAUAUGGCUUGUAAUGUUUCAUUAACCUCUUUAUUUAUAAUAUACAUAAUUUCCCCUUUAUUUCUUCCACAUACAGGCCUACAAUAUUUCCUUACUAUAUGUAUCCCCAGUGACUAAAACCAUAAAUGAAUUUAGUUGCACCAUUUCAUAAUCAUUUUAUAAAAUUUCACCAAAUUAAACAUAAUUAAAUUCAUGGUAAUUUUGCACAAUUUCAUAGUAAUUCCAUUAAAUUCUGACCUUCCUUUUAUGCAUUAUGGCUAGGCAGCAGCUAUCAGUGGAGGAGCGAAGGGGAAGAAACAGGGAAUACCAAAAAAAGCAGAGAGAGAAAAUAUAUAGUGAGCCAGAGUUAAAGGAGGAAUACCUGAGGAAGGAAAAGCAAAGAUGGAAGAAGAGAGCAGAGGAUGGGAAGAUAAAAACUAUCAGUGAUUUGAAUAAAAGAAAAAAGAGGAGUAAGAGAAAGGCGUGGAAACGUAGACAGGAAGAGUCAAGAGAGCGUACGGGAAAGUGCCCAGAACGCCCAGAAACUGCCCCAGAUAGUCCAUUGGAUCAGACUGUACAGGAGCCAGCUCGCAGUGGGCAGUCUAUAGCAGGGGAAAGGGAAAGAAAGAAAACAAGAGCAAGAUACUUGCGAGAGAUGAAAGCUUUGAAAAGUAAACUUCAAGAGAUAAUAAAACAUAGGAACAAACUGAAAAAGCGUUGGCGACAAGAGCAAACUAGAAAUACGACAGAUAUAUCUGCUGGUGUCAUUAAUUGUGGAGAUUGGCUUGCAGUCAUUUAUGACCAAAACUGGUGGUUAGCAAAGGCUGUCACCGUGGAUGCGCAUCAUCAAGAUGUUUGAGUGGAGUUUUUCCACCCUCAUGGGCCCAACAUGCGCUUCCAUCCAAAACCAGGUGGAAAGGUAUAUACUUCAUACCAGUUGAAGAUAUUCUGGUCAAACUGAUGGAGCCAUCAUCACCGGAUCGUGCAAGCAGAACGAGGGAGAUCUGCCACCUGUCUGCUGAAGUCAUGGACUUCAUGAAGGAGGAGCAUAUUAAUUGUCUACUUCCUGAUAAAGCUGACUGAACGUUUUCGAAGAUUUUCAAGCCCAGAAAUGGAUGGGAUUUUGCUUUAAUUCCUGGUGUGUUUUCUGAUGUUUAUGCUUAAACAUUGCAGUUGUACUGUAGUUUUUAUUUUGCUGUUUACUGUUGUUAAUAUUUACAGAAGGAUAAAAUGUACAUGACAAAUUGUUAGUUGUUGUACCAAAUUGUUAAAUAAAGUUGUUAAGCAAGGAAGCAUUGACUUUAGUGGUGAAAAGG